UGCGUGACCUUUGCUCCUCUGUUUGUUCCUCCAGAGUUCUCUCACUCAUCAUGUGUUCGGUUGAGAUGUCAGAAGGCUCGGUUCGGGUGGAGAUCUGCGGAGAUCAGACGCUGUUCUACCGACAGGCGCUUCCGUCGAGCGGUACCGGCAAACUCUGCGUCCUGUUGCUGCACGGGAUCCGGUUCUCAUCGGAGAACUGGCUGAAGAUCGGGACUCUGGAGACUCUUGCUGUCGCGGGCUACCGAGCUGUGGCGAUAGACCUGCCAGGCCUGGGUCAGUCUAAGGCGGCUCCGGCCCCGGCUCCAGUGGGUCAGCUGGCUCCAGGUGUGUUCCUCAGACAGGUGUGUGAGGGUCUGAACACGGGUCCUGUGGUGGUCAUCAGCCCGUCUCUCAGCGGCAUGUACUCGCUGCCGUUCCUCUUCCAGCACUCAGAGCAAGUCAAGGCCUAUAUCCCUGUAGCUCCUAUCUGUACAGAGAAGAUCUCAGCUGAGCAGUACAGCAGCAUACAGACUCCAGCUCUUAUAGUUUAUGGAGACCAGGACACUCAGCUUGGGGAAGCGUCGCUAAGCAACCUGAGCCAUCUACCCAAUCACAAGGUGGUGGUAAUGAAGGGGGCGGGACAUCCUUGUUACCUUGAUGAUCCAGAGACCUGGCAUAAGGCAAUCCUCGACUUCCUACAGUUGUUGUGAUCGUAUUAAAAACCCUAAUACAGUAAAAGUGUACUAAUUGAAAACAUUAAUUACAUAACCAAUAUUAAGUACAUUUAAUUCUUAUACUUCAUAACUGAAUCAUCGUGUCAGAAACACUCACUUUUUUGCUAUGCAUCUUUGCAUAAUCACAUCUUUUUGUGCUAUUGUUUGCAAAGCUUUUCAUGUGGA